GCAUUUACAACAAGCAGCCUCACGGGGCGACGCAAAGCAGCUUUUAUCUUAGCCAGAGACUGCAGCACAUCCUCGGCAACUGCUUCCCCGCACCUGACAGUUGGCCCACUCUCGACUAACCGCGUCCACUAGCAGUAUGGGGCGCCCCUAGCCCGCUAGCUAUUCAGCGGUUCAAUCUCGAGGAGGAGAAGGCAACCGAGCGGAGGUCCCAUCAAGAUGGUGUCGUGGAUGAUCUCGAGGAUGGUCGUCCUCGCCUUCGGCACGUUGUACCCAGCAUACGCGUCAUACAAGGCUGUCAAAACGAAAAAUGUAAAAGAAUAUGUUAAGUGGAUGAUGUACUGGAUAGUAUUCGCCUUAUUCUCCACAGCAGAGACAGCCACAGACUUGUUCCUAUCAUGGUUUCCUUUUUACUUCGAGUUGAAGAUCGCAUUUGUGAUCUGGCUUUUGUCCCCAUACACCAAGGGCUCCAGUGUUCUUUAUCGCAAGUUUGUCCACCCAACCUUGUCCAACAAGGAGAAGGAGAUAGACGAUUACAUUGCACAGGCCAAAGACAGAAGUUAUGAGACGAUGAUGAGGUUUGGCAAGAGGGGUCUCAACUUAGCUGCUAAUGCUGCAGUUACUGCAGCCACCAAGGGACAGGGUGUGCUGUCAGACAAGCUGCGGAGUUUUAGCAUGCAAGACCUAACACUCAUCAAUGCGGAGGAUGAGCUGUCUCUGCACUCUUCAGAUGGCCGUGCAAGGCGGGACUCUGUUGAUGACAUGAGCUCAGGAGCCAGCACGUUGCCACGGGCCAGGAGCACCGCUGCACGACAGACUCGCUCCAUGGCUGCUUCAUCCCUUGCAGAUGAGAUAUCAUCUCAACACAGCUCAGACCAAUCAGAUACAAGAACUGAACACUCUGAUGAAUGGAUGGAUUCGGGAGAAAAGGCCCUCAAGCGGACCACCACCACCGCUGCCAAGACAACUAAGAAACCGGCUGUAAAGACAGAGGCUCAAAGCAAGACGGUGAAGAAGGCACCAAAGAAAAAGACCACAUCCAGUGCAGAGACACCUCCAUGAGAGCCUUUAUCUACCAACAUACUUUCUCCACCCACAGCCUGAAAGCACCUCCUCAUUCAGCUGGUCUCCACAUGAAGACAUACACAACAUAAAGCACCAAAUGCUGUCUGUAUUUAAUUUGAGCUUUUGGUAGUUCCCACUUUUUUUUGUUUGUGGGUCUCUUAAUUUUUCUUACAGUGUAGAGUGAUUUUUCCAUGUUUCUUAUAAACUUUUAAUGCAAAGCUGUAUUUGUGUUCCUUUGUUUUGGACGACAUGAAAAAGUAACAAUUAUUCAAAGUGACAUGCAUUCAGAACGUGGCACAAAUUAAAAAGAUGAUUCCUAUUUUUUUUUUUUUUUAAAUUAUUAUUAUUUUAUUUUAAAUAUUAGACAUAAUUUGUAGCCUGCUCAGCCAUGGAAAUGUCAGCUGUGGUUCUUCAUCGGCAAGCUAAGGUUUACUCUGUUGCGCGCACAUCCUACCUUAACAAAGUUCAAUUUGUGUACUUAAUUGAGGUUGCGGUCUUUUGUUGAUUUUGAUUCCUAAUGUUGGAAUAAUUGUGAUCAUUUGUCUGCUAGACAUAUUUUCAUGUAAUACUUCAAACCUUUAUAUUGUACGUUCUCCUUGUGCUCGCUUGGGUUUUUCCAGGUACUAUAAAUUACUGGCGAUUUCAAAUUACCCAUAUGUGGCAAUGUGACCACGAAUGGGUGUUGUAUGCACGAGUGAUUGGCUGGGGACUAAUCCAGUGGGUGCCCCGCUUUUUGCCAGUUCACCUGGGAUAGACUCAAGUUCACACUUCACCGUAACAAGGAAAUGUGCUAUAGAAGGAGACAUCUUAACACUCUCAUUGCCCGUGUUGUUUUCUUUCUAGAAGCGGUGGUAUUUCUGGUUCACAGGUGUCUACAUGUGUCCCACCACUCCAUUGAGUUUAAUUUUACUAGGCCGCUCUUCAAUUUGAAUUUAAGCAUGAUGGUGAGAGUGUGAUACUAGUUGUAACCAGUAGGGGAAGACAGUGCGCCUCUACAACUGACUGAAAAUUGACAAAGACUGUAAAUAGUACAAUGCGAGCUUGCUUGCCUUAUCUUAUUCUCGAGUCUUUUAUCUGCUUAUUUAUCUAGCAUUUUCAUUUCAAUGUGUUAAUUAAGUUUGGUUUUAAGAUUGGAGGGGAGUUCAAUUUAGUUGUCAUGUAAAUUGUGACCUCUUUUGUUUUAAAAGAACGGCCAUCUCCACUAUUCUACAAAGACUAAUUUACACAUUUGGAGUUUUGCACUCAUCCACCCUCUACACCCAGCUUCACUAAAAGGUCUUGCCAGACCUAAUGCUGGAGAACUCCAACAAAACUUUCCCCCCUCUUAUUUAUUGUUUACAUUCAGUUUGAAGUAGCAUUGUACACUGGGAUUCUCGUGUAUAGUUGUGCAAAUUAUCAAACUCCAUGUGAAUCACAAAGGUGUGUGUAUGGAAUGGUAUCUCAUGGAUCAGUAAUAAAACUGCUAAUAAAGAAUAAAUGGACUUGUCA